UGGAUCCCAUCAUGCUUUGCCGUGCCCGCCGACCCGAAAGCUACCGAUGCUAGGCUAACUGUCGUUAGCUACCCGGGAGCGGACAUGUUGUACCGACCCUUCCUUUAAUAAACAUCACUGUAAGCAGGGAAACAGGAGUUAAGGGGAAGGCUGCGAGUGUCGGGCAAUCAUGGAUGCCGUCAACGCCUUUAACCAUGAGUUAUUCUCAUUGAUUGACACCAAGCCCCCAAUCUCUCGGGCAAAGAUGAUCUCCAUCACAAAAUCGGCCAUCAAAGCUAUGAAGCUCUACAAACAUGUGGUCCAAAUUGUGGAAAAGUUCAUCAAAAAGUGUAAGACUGAGUACAAGAUAGCGGGCCUAUAUGUGGUGGAUUCCAUUGUUAGACAGUCCAGACACCAGUUUGGAUCAGACAAGGACGUGUUUGGCCCAAGGUUCACCAAAAACAUAACGGGAACCUUUGAGAACCUCUGCCUAUGCCCAGAAGGAGACAGGAGUAAAAUCAUACGGGUGUUGAACCUGUGGCAGAAAAAUGGAGUGUUCAAGAUUGAGAUUAUUCAGCCUCUCCUGGACAUGGCAGCUGGCUCUUGCAGUGCUGCUGCACUCUUAGCAGGCUCCGAUGACCCAGGUUUUUCCCCAUCUCCAGCCAAAGAGCCAGUUACUGCGGUAACGGCAAACUCCACCAUGACAUCCACUUCUCAGCUGCAAAACUCUGACGCCUUUGCUGCCGUGGCUCAGCUUUUCCAGUCCACACAGGGUCAGCAGCUUCAACAGAUGCUCCAGACCUUCCAGCAGCAGCCAGCAAAGCCUGAAACAAACACGUCUGUCCAUACCAUUCAAACGCAGGCCCAACACAUCACCACUGGCCUGGGCAUGGCCCCCCUGCAACCCCCGCAGCCCACCCAAACCGCCCAGCAGAAGGCAGCCUUUGACAAGAAAUUGCUGGACCGCUUUGACUAUGAUGAUGAACCAGACUUUGGAGAAGAGGCGAAGAAGGAUGAAAUGUCAACACAGCCCUCCUUCAUGCAGAACCCUCCAGGCUUCCCACAGCACAUGGAGCACUUUAAACCUCCGAUGCUCAACAUGUUGCAAGACGUCUCACAACAGGUUCCUCUCCCUCCGAAUGGCCAGCUCCAGGCCUACGGGUUACCGCCAGCGCAAAGCUUCCCAGGUAUGGUGCCUCAUAUGGGGCAUGCUUUGCCAGGGCAGUCCCCCCCUGGUUCUGCUGGGCCUCCAGGCUUCCCCGGGGGAUACCCUCCCCACAAUGCUGCCCAUAAACCGGAAGUUUUAAUGGAUUUGGACCAUUCAUCUUCAAGGGAUGGCAGACAUGGUCGACGGUCACACUCAGGCUCCAGGUCUCCAAAGCGGAGGAGGUCACGGUCUAAUUCCCGUACACGGAGAUCCAGGCACAGACGAUCGCGCUCCAGAGACCGGCGUCACCACUCCCCCAGCGCUCGCUCGCAGGACCACAAGGAGAGAGAGAAGGAGAGAGAGCGACGGCAGAAAGGCCUCCCGCCACCCAAGGGCGAGACACUAAGCAUUUGCAGUACAACUCUGUGGGUGGGCCAGUUGGACAAGAGAACACAACAGCAAGAUGUUGCCUGUUUACUGGAGGAGUUUGGGCAGAUAGACUCCAUCAAUAUGAUCCCUCCACGUGGCUGCGCCUAUAUUGUUAUGAUACAUCGACAAGAUGCCUUCAAGGCUCUGCAGAAGCUGAGCAGAGGAUCUCAUAAAGUGAACCAGAAAACCAUCAAGAUUGCUUGGGCUUUAAACAAGGGCAUAAAGGCGGAUUUCAAACAGUACUGGAACGUGGAGCUGGGUGUCACCUACAUACCGUGGUCUAAGAUCAGAGAGGCUCAGUUGGAGGAGCUAAAAGAAGGAGGAAUUCUGGAUUCGGACACCUUAUCACCAGAGUGGAGUGAAGCGAGGAAAACUAUUGGCAUCCAGGAGGAAGUCACACACAACGGCUGUUCAGAGCCACAGCCGCCUCAGGAAACGCAAGUUCUACCUGUGGCUGCUGUGCCUCAUGCUCAGGUUCCUCCAAUGCAGCAGCCGGUGGUUGGUGUGGGUUCCCUCCAGCCUCCAGGUUUUUCUGGGCCCUUAGGCAUGCCUCCCCAUUCCUUCCCUCCAGGCGUCCUCCCGCCUCACUUCAUCCGACCUGGCUUCAACCCCAUGCAGAUGCCUCCAGGUUUCCACCCCCCAGGUGCCAUGCCUCAUCAUGGUCUCCCACCUCACUCCAAAGGUGGAGUUGAAGACCCCUCUAUGGACCCAGCAGGUCUGGGCAACAGGAACAGCGACGAAUUCCCGGAUGGUCACAACAUCUUCAACAACCAGAUGGGACCUAUGGGUGGACCUCCAGGGGUUCUUCCAGGAAUCAUCCAACCCCCUUCUGGUGGUCUGCUAGGCGCACGGCCCGGUAUAAUGCCACUGCAGCGUCCGCCGGUUCCCACUCCACCACACAUGCAGCGGUUCCCUCCACCCCACGGCCAGCGACCCCCUCACCCCAACAUGCCACAUAUGCUCCCACAGAUGAUGCCUAGAGGUCCACACCCUCAAAUGAUGCACCCUGACGCCCCUCCCCUUAAAGGUGGCUUUGGGAUGCUUCUUCCCCCCAAUAUGAGGCCCCCUUUCCCUCCACACGGGCACGGCCCUCCUCCUCACGGUCCUCCUCCUCAUGGUCCUCCUCCUUUCGUUAGACCAGGGGGACCUCGUGGCAUGGAGGGGCCGGAAGAAAUGGAUGGGAGACAAUUCAGGGGGGACAGGCCUGGAUUCAGGGACAGGGAGCCAGAGAGGGACUGGGAUCGGGACAGGGAGAGAGAGAGAGAGAGAGAGAGGGAUCGAGGUUUUGGAGGUGGAAGGCGUCCCUUUGGUGACGGAGGGAGAGGAGGAGGAGGAGGAGGAGGAGGAGGAGGAGAUAGAAUGGAAGGAAGGGACCGGCUCGGAGGCUGGCAGGAAGACGGAGCAGAUCAGCGAGGAGGGAGGAGGAGGAGGGAGGAGGAGGAGGAGGAGGAGGAGGAGGGGGGGUGGGAGAGGGACAGAGAUCGUGAUAGAGACCGUGAUAGAGACCGCGAUCGAGACAGACGGGACUGGAGGGAGAAGCGGAAAAGCCUGGAUGGAGACAGGGAGCCAGGGAGGGGGGAAGAUGGGGAGAAGGAACGAGGGAGGGCGGAGGGAGGAGACAGAGGGAGGGUAGAAAGAGGGAGAGGAGCUGAAGGAAAAGAAGGGGAUAGGCCGAGGCGGCGAGAGAGGACCUCCCGGUGGGACAAGGACGACCGAUUGGCCGACCUGGAAAACACGGAUAAACAAAGGAACUCUAACAGCACAGAGGAACCUCCUGAGACUCCUGUGGUUACCGCGGAGACCAGUAAAGAACCAAGUGUUGCCGCUUCUGAAAAAAAGGCUGAAUCUGAACUUGUAUCUCCGUCCUCAGAGGAAACGAAGGCUGCAGCGGAGCCGGUUCCCCUCGAGCCCUCACCUCCGGCUCCCAGUGAGCCCACAGAAGCGGCAGAGGAAGCUGCAUCAUAGACUUCUCGCUGCUACUGUCAGACUGCUGUGAACCACUAAAGAUUUCUUUUUUCUUCACCAUGAAAGUCAGUCUUGAAUCCUGGCAUAAGACUUCUAGAUCGUCACAGUUUAUAAUUGUCAGUUUCUGGUUAGCGACACGUCUUGAAAACAAACACGUGUAAAAUGAUUUUAUGGUCAGGUUUAGCUUUGCAUCCGUUUCUCGACACACAUGACAUUUAGUUUGGUUAAAUUGCUGUCGUAACAUAUUGGCUGUCAACUGUUUUCUUCCUGCAAGUUGUACAAACUAACUGGGUGCUUGCAUAUUAACUUAGCUCUGUCCAUUUUGUGAGCUUUUAUGUUUUUACUCGAGUCGAUUUUGCAGACAGAAGAAACAGAUUAAUUCUAUGACACAUUUAUUUUUACUUUUUUACUUCCUUGUGUGAACGCAAGCACUCCUGAAAUAAGGUGAAAAUGUUCAUUUUUAAAUAUUAUAUGUCAAGAUGUCAUGUCAAACACUGAAUAUCUUCUCAAACAACUAGCUGUAUGAUAAUAUAGGCACCACUUAUUUUUUUAAUGUUCAUCUUGGCUCCUCAUUGCGACUUCUCCGUAAGUAAGGCACAGCUUUGAAAUAACUUUUGUUGCCUUGAAAUCCAAUCUUGUAGGUGUUUGAGGGAAGAACUAAAAGAAGUAUUUGGGGAAUACAUGUUGGAGUAAAUUACACAGAGAAUUAGGCUUGGUACUUUGUUCACACAAAUUGUGUCCUUUUGAUUAUUUUGCCAAUCUUCACCACUUGAACCACGCUUUAUUUCAGGCAGAAUAAAGAUGAGUAUUGUUUUCAUUCUACCAAACACAUGUUUUCUCACAAACACUCAUUGUCAUUAAAAAUCCACUCUCAAAACAUUAUUCUAUAUGUUUUAUAUGUCUCACUAGUUUUGGGACUGUGGAAUCAAACUCAGUCGUCCUAUUUGACUGAUAUCAGGGAGUCUACCCUAACUCGUAUCUCAUUCUAAUAUUAUUUAGGGAAACAACAUACACCAGCUUUUCUUAUCCAGAUUUCACUUUUAGUAUUUUAAUGCUUUUCACGUGCAUAUAAUCUUUUUGUUUUAGUAACAAAAGUAUUGGACAAACAUUUUAGGGGCUCAUAACCGAGAACUGAAGUUAUGGCAUUAUCAUUUUUCCUUUGAAAAAACUGAAAUUGUGAAUGAUGGGCCAAGAGGCAUUUCAGAAAAAUUAUGAACAACAAAUCCAUGUAUCCAUCCAUACAUCUGAACUAGACAAAGGGUAUGUUGUGAUGUACCUCCCAUUACAUUUUUUCGGUAGAUAGAAAUUUGAGGAUGUUAUAUAAAGGGGCUUUGUGUUCAAAA